UAUUUUUUGACAAAGGGUUUCACUGUGAUCCGACGGGCUCAUGGUAAUCUACUCUCGUACUCACGUACAUGGUGCGGCCCGACCCACGUAACACGCGCCAAGCCCAACACAUCACGGUGUGGUGUAUUGUACAUGUACACUGUACAGAUGCAUUACAGUAUUACAGGUGGUUGCGAGUGUCUUCCGGAAACUGACUUCAUUUCCUCCCCGUUGUAAGACCACUAAUUUUAAGUAAAAAGUGCUCUUCUAAAUAAGUGUUCGACGGCCAUGUGUGAUGUUCAAACCGGUGAAUGUUAGGAAGGAACGUGGUUAACGCAAUACAACCAUACAGCAAGAUAUGACAUCAACCGCUGUUACUAAAUCUUUUCCUACUUCCAUGGUAAUACACUUCUUGAUACAACAUGUGAGUUUUUUUCGUUCACGGAGGACUUCUAGUUCUCUCGGAAGGGGCCAGCAGUGGGAAAAAUUGGAACGUGUUUCGGGGAGACCGCUCUGUUGAUGGGACAAACUGAAUAACAAGAGUACGAUUUCAGAUCAAGUUAUGAUAGUCACUAGCUGAUAACCUGCCCACGAAGGCAAGCCGACGAUCGGGGACUAUCCACUUAUUUGAGGCAGGUAACUGGACCUCUUUACACUUCGAAGUUGUAUAAGAUCGUGAGAACUAUGUUACUUGUCAAAGAACAGCAUGCCAAUUCCUGGCUUGCAACCCUGCUGUUUUGCUGUGUGGUGGCGUCUCCGGCAUCCGUGGCGACCGCGCAGAACAGCCGAGCCCAGAUGCCGCCGGAACUAGACCCGGGCUACAAUGCCCACCAGGAGAGUCUAAUCUACGCUUGCAUGGGCAUCGCUGCGCUGAUGCUGGUGUUGCUCUGUCUGUUGCUGUGGUUCCUUGUCGACCGAUCCAAAGGCGAGGUCAGACAGCUUAAGAGGAUCCUGCCGUCCGUUGUGGACAAGCUUCGCGAGCGAGCGGAGGCAGCCGCGGACGACCACGAAGACAGUCACGGGACGCUGAGAGCCACGGAGUUCGAAGCGGGCUUCACGACGUCGUCCAGUCGCCAGGACAACUCGCUGGAAUUCUUGUCCGCCAGGGUCAGGGAAGCGCGACAGCAAAACCUCGCCGACUCCACCUUCAACAGGUCGACGCGCGUCGGUGCCGAGGAAGGCCCAAUGACUGACCGCGUCGGCAACUGGGGACGCGCGCAAGCAGACGCGCCAAAUCGGCGCGAGGUAGCCGCGGCGCCAACCAACCCAAUCGUCUGGCGUGAGAAGGUCAUCUCUGUGAACAGUAGCCCCGCCAAUCACAGUGGAGGAACGGCUCAUGCGGCCGACUACACAGCCAAUCACAGCAGACCGCUGGUUCUUCAGACUUUCUCCCCGUUAGCAGCGACAACUCCAGCGAGCAGUCAGCCACCACAGCUCUCCUCCCGUGUCCAAGUGUCCGUUUUACCCAGACCGGCUAAUCCUUCACCGUUUGCCUACGACAAUCCCGAUAUGCCGUAUAGGGAGGGCGCCAUCAGUAUACACAAUGCACCCACACUGUCUCAGCACAGCGGCAUGAACGAGACGAGGAAGAAGUACAGGAACUCGUACUACGAGAGCCAUGUUUGAUGCUGUGCAGAAAAUCGGAGGGUGGAUUGGUUCCGAUGACCAAUCCGUUACAAUCAGGCUGGAACAGCGGUUCCUCUCGCGCCUUGUAACAGCUUGGCUGGCAACUAUGCCGAGUUUAGAGCUUUGCAGUCUAUUACACCGGAUCGUGCGAGUUCCAGCCGGUCGACUGUUCUCCUAGGAAUUUCUCCAUCUCGUAAAAGCCAUUUUCCUAUCCCACUGAUCCAACCCCACCAGAACCCGUGGACAACAAUUAUUAGUGCUGGCUACGUGUCUAAAUGUAUGGUAAAAGUCGAUGGUUAACCCUAACACUCCUCAGUCCUCCAACAGGUGAAGGAUUGAGGAGGGUUAGGGUUCAUUAAUGGUUAACAUAUCUCAG